AUGGCCAUGGUCGGGGAAUUCAACGACGAUGAAGAUGGCCGUUGGACUGAUAGUGGCUCGUUGAACCAUCCCAUCAUCAACUCCAAGCCCCUAACUGUUCUGCCAUCACGUUCUCGUCCUAAUCGCUCCUCAACCGCCGCCUCCGCCAGAACCGCAGCCACCACCAUACCGAGGACGCCAGUAGUUAACCUUCAAUUCAUCAACACAGCUUAUCCCGGCGAUUCCACAACGGCAAAGCGCAUCAGCCAGAUCCGAUCUCAUGUAGCCAAGGACUCCCACGCCCGCCGCCGCCAACGCAAGGCUGCCCAAGCAGGGGCAAGUACUGCCACCACCAGUAGCAGCAAGGGGAACAAUAACAUCAUUCUCUAUUCAUCAGCAUCUUCCUCGCCGCCCUAUGUAUUAGCUGCGGACGAUGCCGCCCAAACCGACGAAUCAUACUCCACUUCUGCGAGUCCAGAUGGCCUGCAACACCCACACCAGGCCUGGCAUUCAUCUACAAAUACCGGAUUGGGACACAAGGGGUUUCGGAGAAUUGCCCCGAAAGAAGGCGCUAUGGUGCCGAGGGUGGCUUCGCCUGGCCCGAGGCAGAUGAUUGGCGACACGAUGAAAGAUGCGUGGAACGGACAAUUUGCCUGGGAGCUGUCAGUUGAGGAUUACGGCAUCUUUAAUUACUAUCUGGAAUGGGUCCUCAAGUAUGGCUAUGCGGCUUGCUUCCCUCCCGGCCAGGGCAUCCUCGUAGAGAAGCGCCUGAGGUCGACCUACGUCCCCUUUGCCAUGAGAAACGCUGGUCUUCUAACUCUGAUUCUAUACGUCGCCUACCACCGGCGCGCCAUGAACACAGAUGACCUGGACGAGGCAAUCAAAUGUAACCGCAUGGUGGAGCGCUAUCGGUUGGCUUGUAUAGAGUGGAUCAGGCAUGCCGUCUCUGUGGAGAAGAGGCCGUCUAUCGAGACUGUGGCCAUGGCCCUGAUACUGAGCUCAGAGGCGUUCUUUGAAGCCAACCUCGACACAUCGCUCACCCAUGCCCAAGCUGCGAGAACCAUGGUGUCGGCAAGGGGCGGCCUCGAGUCGUUUGGCAAAACGGGCAUCGAUGGCCUCAUCGGCUUUCUGCUAAGAACAUCUGUGUAUUGCGGCAACUACUUUUACGUUCCGGGGUGCGCUCCUGUUCCCGUUCCUCUCCCUGCAGAGUAA